AGGUACAAGAAUAAUUGGUCAGUGGUAUCAAUAUAAAACAGACCUGAGAACAACGAGGUGUCAGAGCCAAGAUGAAGACUUUGUGUGUUGUUAUUGUUGUACUGAGUUUCACCUCAGUGUGCCAGCCUGCAUCACUGGCCUGUCAGAAGCUGCUGAAACCAGCGGAAACAAUUCCAGUUUUGGCUGGGAGAUGGCACGGCAUAGCCUUUUCCUCUGAACUCUGUGUGCUUCCCAAAUUAUUGGGCACUGUUUUUUGGCCAAGUAUUGCAUUGGAUGUUACUGCCAAAGACACAGCAAAUGUUUAUGAUGUCAACCUUAAAAUUAACACGCAUGGAUUUUGCGCCAAUCAAUCUGAAACAUAUUUCGCUCGGAACAACCACAUUUUUGAUGUUGACAGCAACAAUCUCCCAGUUGGUGACCCACAUGUAAUGCUGCAAACUGGCUGUCCUGACUGCAUCGUUUUGAAGAGAAAUGACAUUCUAACUAUUGAACUCUACAGUAGGCGAAGCACUGUCACUGCUGACCAGAUGAGGGAGUUUGAGACACAGACAGAAUGUCUUGGCUGGAAGAAACCGGAAGUAUUAAAGUCAGAUCACGACUAUGACACCUGCAAGAUAAUUGAAGACGACACUGAUACGAAUAACGCAGAAUUAAAAGCUAUAGUUAAUGAGAGGAUGGAAAAGGCUAAAGAAGAGAUCGUUAAGUGUGUUGGAGAGUUCAUCAUUCUUAUUCUUGUUAAACUUUUUGAGGCAAUCAUCCCUGGCUAGAGCCUUUGCUGCAAUAUCAGUGACAAACCUACAAAACAGUCACUGAUCUGGAUUAAAGACAAACAGUGAAAGACAAAAGCUCUCGGGUGUCUCAAUAAACACUAUUUCUCCUCA